AUUUAAUCUACUAAAGCUUUGUGUGUUCUUACAAAAAAAGUUGAAUCCAACUUUGAAGUUCCGUGUUAGUUCAAUUAACGUUACUGAACAACAAAACUUAAGAAAACUUUGAAAAGAAGAGUAGUAGUGGUGCAUUGUUUUAUCUUCAACCCGUAGCCAGUAAUUAAAUAAAAUAAUUAUCCCAACUCGAUUGUGGUGUGGCUCCACUACAUAUUUCACACUUACACAGUGGGAGUGUUCCAUGCACUCACCCACACACCCAUUUGGGCCCUCAGUAUAAUCUCCUUGGUAGAGCUCACGCACACAUGCACAGCUCACCCUGUCUGCACAAACACAGCGGCACUCUCAGUUCACUACACAACCUCAUCUACCGCACUCACGCGCAGAAAAAAAAGAUAAAGCGAUCUAUCGAUCUUUUUUCGAAUCGAAAAAACUAGCCGCCUGAUAGGCUUCAUUCCUAUAGUCGGAUAAACCUGACGUUUACAACCGAACGCGUCGCCCGGGCAGCCAUUUAUUUCGAUCACAAUAUUUAUGACAGCGUAAUUAAUUGAACAUGUCGUUUUAAUUAUGUAAAUAAGAAUGAGUGAUAAUCAAUUUAAAUUACGUGUUCGGAACUCUUUUAAUUUAAUGUAAACAGAUAUUUAUCAUCUAUUGUGACUUUUUUACGGUGUUUAAGAAUUUCUGUGUAAUGUUUUUACUACGGAAGCGAGACUUUGUAUGAUGCUUGAUCUUCUACAGUGGAGUUACUAUAGUUAGUGCCGGCUGCGAGAGCUGUUAAUGGAAUUAUUAAGUUGAUCUCUCAUACCAUUAUGGAACGCCACCAAAAUGGUAUGGAUGUGUGGGUAGGUCAAGGUCGUGUAAACCAGCUUGGAGGCCUUUUCAUCAAUGGGCGGCCCUUACCGAAUCACAUCAGGCUGAAGAUUGUGGAAAUGGCGGCCGCGGGAGUCCGGCCCUGCGUCAUCUCACGACAGCUCCGGGUCUCGCACGGCUGCGUCUCCAAGAUACUCAACAGAUACCAGGAAACGGGUUCUAUCAGGCCUGGUGUGAUCGGUGGUUCAAAGCCGCGGGUAGCAACACCAGAAGUGGAAGCCAGAAUAGAAGAGCUCAAGCGACAAAACCCGGGCAUAUUUUCCUGGGAAAUACGGGAAAAACUUAUUAAGGAAGGCGUAACGGACCCACCGAGCAUUUCAUCCAUUUCGAGGCUGCUGCGCGGGGGCUCGAGAGACCCCGACGGGAAGAAGGAUUACAGCAUCGACGGCAUACUGGGCGGUCGAGGUUCAGAUUCAUCAGACAUUGAAUCGGAGCCAGGGUUGACUCUGAAAAGGAAGCAAAGAAGAUCCAGAACAACCUUCACUGGAGAACAGUUGGAUGCUCUGGAGAGGGCUUUCCAUAGAACACAAUACCCUGAUGUCUACACUCGAGAAGAAUUGGCACUGCAAACGGGGCUUACCGAGGCUAGAAUACAGGUUUGGUUCUCGAAUCGUCGCGCUCGUCUCCGUAAGCACACAGGCUCAAAUCCAAGUCCUAGUCUUGCUGGAUACUCAGCAAUACCAAUGCCACAAUUACCAUGUCCUUACCCUUCAGGGGAAAUACCGACACUAUCCCAACACCCUCAACAUCCUGACGCAUGGCACCACCAGAAAUAUGCUAACUACAACCAGUUAAUGGCUCAAUCGCAACACUUAAACCAAGCAUUUCAGAGUGCAGCUUUUCCUAGUACAUCUGGAACUACGUUUAGUCAUUUAGUAUCAGCUAACGGCUCAACAGCAAGCCAACUAUUAGAUGCAGCCGUUCCCAGAAACGACUUUGCACGGUAUCCUAGUAAUGAGGUCUAUAAUAAACCUAUUGAUUACAUGCCUAAAGAAACUGAAGGGGAUGAGAAAGUGCCUAGCGAUGAAGUCAUAGAACCGAGAGAAGACGCUUACGUGAAAACAAAUGCUGAUGAAUAUAAUAAGGCGUUACCAAAUAGCGAUUACCCAAAAGUUCCUACAGACUACUCCAAAGUAUCUGUUGAUCCAUCAUCGUCUACAAACUGGAGUCCGUCUCACAACACUUUGAAUAUGAGCCUAUCAGGUAUCUCUAGCGAGUAUAAAUACAUGAAUGAUCCUUACUCUUUCCCUAACAUAAAUGAUCCUUUAAAUCAACAUAAUUAUCCAAAUCCACCACCGAACGCGGUAAACAAAUACUGGAUAUGACAAAGUAUGAAAUUAGUUCUUAAGUAUUUGUUUCAAAAUAAAAAGAUAUUGUUAAUUUUUAUUUAAAUUAUAUACUUAAUAUAUGAUAAGUUUUAUAUAUUAAUUAAUAUUUAGAUAGUAAUAAAGAAUAAUACCUCUAUUCUGCAUUCCAUUUUAUAGAUACCUACUUUAAACCAAACAUUUGUGAAUAUUUGUUAGAAAAGUCAUUAGUGAUUAACU